GAGGACCAAUAAUAAUAAUAAUAAUUUAUUUAGAAUCUUACUCCUACUUCAAUGUUUGUCAACCAACGUCAUAUGUUUUAGGGGGAAGUAAAACACACGGUAUUUACACAAUUUGAACAACUUUUUUUCACACACGGUAUUUACAAAAUGUUCACACCUUUCAUGACAGAUUGCAAAUGUACUGUAGAACAGUCACGUGAUCAAUAACAACCUCAGGAGACAAUCACAUAGGAAGACGCGCGAGACCGUGCGAGAAUUUUUCUGCGGCAACAAAUAGGCUACGUACGAAAUAUAAACCUAUAUUUCGCAAAUAGGUGGUGGAGUGGGGGGUGUCAUGGACGUUUCCAGCCACAGCAUGUUCCUCUUGCAGCAGCUCAACGUCCAGAGGGAGUUUGGCUUCCUGUGCGACUGCACAGUCGCCAUUGGCAACGUGUACUUCAAGGCCCACCGGGCCGUGCUGGCUGCCUUCUCCAACUACUUCAAGAUGAUCUUCAUCCAUCAGUCAAGUGAGUGCAUUAAGAUCCAGCCCACGGACAUCCAGCCAGACGUUUUCAGCUACCUGCUCCACAUCAUGUACACUGGCAUGGGCCCCAAGCAGGCGGUGGACCAGGGCCGCCUGCAGGAGGGCAUCAAGUUCCUCCAUGCCUACCAGUUGUGCCGUAAGCCUGGUGAGGGGGGGCCCGAUGCUGCCACCGCCGACCUUGUCCGCAUGUCCAACCUGUACGGUAUUCAGAUUUCAUCCCAGUUAGCAAACAAGGAGGGUACUGGGGUCCCUAAAGGUAGUGCAGGGGCCCGAGGAGGGGGCGGCCCCGAGGACGGGCGUUCGUCCACUCGGGCGGGCCGCUCCCACGCCGCCCAGGAUUCGAUGACUUUGGGGUUGGAGGGCGUCCCCUCCUCGGUCCGUCAGCCCUUCUCUGGUCUCCUCCGUGGUGUCUCCUCUGUGGCUUCCGGCGACGACUCGGACAUCUCAACGCGCAUCAAGCAGGAGAGGGUGGAUGAGGGGGAAGGGGAGGGAGAGGAGGGCCACCAGGCACCGGGCGAGGGAGGGUCCCCAACGUCUCCUUUGGCCCAGGGCGGCAACCCCUGCCAGGGCCUCCUGUUCAAGGAUGGCCCCCUGGCGCUGCUGUGCCCCCGGUGCGGCGAGCGCUGCUCGUCCCCCGAGGGGCUCCGCGAGCACCUGUUCAGCCACGCCACCUGUGCCCUGAAUCCCAGCGGACUAAUGGAGGGCCUCUCCCAGGCCGGGGGAGGGGACCCAGUGGGCCCUGAGGACCAGCAGCAGCAGCGUGGGGCCCCCCAGGAUCAGCAGGAUGCAGGCUACCUGGAGGAGGCCCUGAGACAGAGCCAAUCCCUAGCUGACGAGCUAGCCACCGAGCUAAGGCGGAGCAGAGGGGGUAUAGCCAGUGGCACCAGCACACCCCCCAUCACCACCACCUCUACUACCAGUCAUACACGAAAGCGCAAGAUCGCCUGCUCCGUGUGCAGCCUGCGCUUCGCCCAGAAGAGCCAGCUGCAGGAGCACAUGUACACGCACACAGGCAAGCCAUCGCGUUACCACCGCUACAGCCGCCUCUGCAGCCAGCUCAUCCACGCCUCUGGACACUUCUGCGAGGGGCCACCGGAGGGCGGUGGGGUGGCGGCAAGCACUACAGUAGCGCUGGCGGAGGAGGCCAACAGGGAAGUUCAGGACAAUGGCAGCUCCUGCUAUUCGCUAGACUCUGAGAUCUCGCAGGAGAGCGUGGACAACGUCGCUGUGGAAUGAAAGCGAAAACAAAACUGUAGAAAUUAAAGAAACACAUCAAGUCCCACUUUACAUAGGUGAUGUGCUGGAGUCGCCACUUGUGGAAUACCUGAUUUGAUAACUCUGUUUGUGUGAUUAUGCAGUAGCCUCUCUUUUUGUGUUUUCUUGGGAAACUGGAUUAGCAAUGGUAAUUGGUAAGAACUAUGUACUUAUACUUGUUACAAGGUAAUUUACAUAAGUUAUUCCCUAAUAGUUAUCCGGGGAUAACAGCUAUGUAAUAAAACGUGUUGUGGGAAGACAUCUUCAUUCUCCCAUCUGCACUCACCAGAGACUCUGCACAUCUGGUUAGUUUCCAUUAGGGCACACCAUAGUAAAACGUUUUGCAAUGGAAAACAAAACCUAGUGUUUCUUUUUGGACAAUUCCAGAUAGUACCUCCUGUUUCACUCUGAGUUUAUUUUUCUUCAGUUUGAUUCCUACGGAACAUGACCCUGUUUCAGUUGCAUUCCUACCUUUUGUCAGUAUCUUUCCACUGAUCCGGUUAUAUCCUGUCCUUUGUCAAUACCGUCAUCUCUCUGUCGGUUAGAUGAAACCCUGUGAUAUGAUUCCAGUGUAAAGUGUAUGUUCUUUUAUUCAGUGAAUGUCUGAAUAGAAUAGAACAUGGUUUUUAAAAGAGGAAUGUGUCACUCUCAGUUGUCAUAUUUUACCAGCGGGUAUAUUGAUUGGAAAUUAGCAAAUACUAUGAAUCUGCAUUGUUUUCUGAAAAUGCACUUUGAGAAAUAAGUAGCUGUUGAAAUGGAUCCUGGCUUGUUGUUAUGGAGGGUUGUCAGGGUUGCAGGAAUUUGCAAGGGACAAAUUCUUAUGCCCACAAUGUUGCAGUACACAACUGAUGAGUGGUAGUACAUCAUUACACAUAUUGGAGCGUUUAACUAUUUCCCUCCAAAAUCAUGAGCAGUGGCUUGGUAUUCCUCUUUUUCUUUCUUAAACCCCAACAAACUAGCACUUACAGUGUACCUAAACUUGACAAUUAGCUGAGAAUUAGCUUGGCUUGCUUCAUUCACCUUCAAAAAUGAAUCCAAAGGAUUCAAGAAGUGUGUACUACCUAGGAAAAUGGACGUGUAUGCAAAAGAAGACAAAGUCCCAAGACCUUUAAAGCUGGAAAACCUGGGGAUGUAUCAAGCAUCACAGGAGAGCUGAUCCAGGAUCCGGUUCUCCCUGUCUUCAUUCUAGAUCUGAGGCAAAACUGAUUCAAAAUCAGCACUACCAUUUUUAUUUUUAUUUAUUUUUUUUCUACUACUCUGAGAUACUUAACACAUACGGCCCCUGAUAUACCUAUACAUUCUAAUAGCAAGGACCUUAGCAGUGUUUAAGUACAGAGGAAACAUGUUGAAUGUGCUUUAUCCUUGACAACACUAAGAGGAAGGACUUAGUUUAGCUCAUAACAGGCUAACAUGAGUAGAAGUAGCCUGACGACUCACACUCAGUUCUUCCGCUGCUCUGUCGUCCGCUACCUACUUCAGUCUGAGGUUGCCAUCAUUGAAGUCGUUUGUGGUGACGAGGGCCACGAGGGGCGUUGUACAAAACAAAGUGUUCACAUUCUGUGAAGGGUUGGGGAGGUACUCAGAUCCAGACUCAUUGCGGAGAAGAAACUAACGUCCGUGGGCGUGGCAUAACGUUUGGCCGGAGCAAAGAGUUUGGGUAGCCAGGCAAGAGUAGAAGUGACUAAAAGAGAUACUCUGAACUUAGUUAGUUCUCUAAAGCUUUAUGAUCGUGGGAUUGUAGUUUCAUAUUUGACGGGGGAUAUGUGGCAAUGGCUAUCAGAGUGUGUAGAAUAAUGCAUCUGGUGAUGUCGAACCAGGAAGCUGUAUGUACUGUGAUAGACAGUAUAAACCUAGGAUUAUCAGAUUUACAUUUUAUCCUGUUGGUGUGUGUGACCUCUGGUGUGUUUCAGUUGGCUACUCUUCUAUGGCGUUUUCACUUUGUCAUUACCACAUGGCUGUGGUUUCAUGUUUUCUAAAUCUGUGUCACUUUUCCAUACAUGGAAAAUGUUUUGUAA